AUGAUGAAGGAGGCACUGGCAACGGUGGAGCCUAAUACUCAGGUGCCAUUUGCAGCCCCUGCUUUUAAUGCAGCAGCGAUCUCGAUGGCGUCGACCUCAGCCUUCCUGCAGCAUUCAAGCAGCAAAUCAAGCCAUUUGGAAAAUGAAGAAAGAAAAUGGAUGAUGCACUACGUAGGCCGGAGCAACAUUGAUGCUAAGCAGGAAGAAAUGUCACCUUACUCCCUGCUCACUGUAAGAAUCAUAAAGUUGAAAAAUGCUCAUCAGGCAGAUUUUUUAAGCCAAUCUGAUUGCUAUGUGAGCCUCUGGUUGCCAACUGCUUCAGAUGAAAAAUUCCACACCAAAACCAUCAAAAACUGCAGAAAUCCCGUGUGGAAUGAAACUUUCUACUUCCGGAUACAGAGACAAGUCAAGAAUAUUCUGGAAAUUACUGUUUCUGAUGAUGACAUCAUUUAUGAUGAUGACCACGGGAGGGAGGAGCUGGAAGUUGAGUUUGCAUUGGAGAGCAUACGGGGUCCUCCUGAAACCAUCAUCACAAACGGGGCAAUAGUGUGUCGUGAAGUAGCCUGCUUGGAAGUUCACUUGGACAGCAGGAUGAAGAAGAAGCAUUUUUCAGAGAACGAGCUAACUUUUACAGUGAGAGGAUCCUUUGAAGAAACCCAGAGAGUUUCAGUGGGCUGCGACUCCCGCUCCCCUCUCCCAGAUCCCACUUUCUUCCACUACGCCAAAUACAAGCAACCCUCCCUGGAUGUUGUACUCACAAAGAAGAGGAGGCUUCCCACCUUUUGUGCUUGCGUGUCACGCGGAGGGAGAAGGAGCAGAGACAUCCCCCUGACUCUCCCUCUGAAGUCGCUCCCCUCCAAGCGGGAAGUAGUCAGCGAGCACAGAAAAUUUGAUUUGCACUUAAAGGUGAAAAAGUGCCAGGAAGACCUAGACGUACGGCUGGGGUUUGACCUGUGUGCCCAGGAACAGGAUUUCAUUCGCAAGAGGAAGAAGGUGGUUGCAGCCACACUGAAGGAUAUUCUCCAGCUGGAGGAGGACUUGCAGGACGAUGAGGUACCUGUGGUGGCAAUCAUGACAACGGGUGGUGGAACCAGAGCUCUGACAGCCAUGUACGCUCACCUUCUCAGUGUGCAGGAACUGAAUGUCUUGGACUGUGUCUCGUACAUCACUGGUUUAUCUGGCACAACAUGGACCAUGUCAAACUUGUACAGAGAUCCUGACUGGUCCCAGAAGGAUCUUAAGGAAACACUCAGUGAUACCCGAAAGCAUGUGCUCAAAAAUAAGUUCUUUACUUGUUUUGCCCCCAACCGUCUGAAAUACUAUUUAAAAGAGUUGUGCCAGAGGGAACAGGAAGGACAUCAGAUAUGUUUCACGGAUCUAUGGGGACUCAUCAUUGAAACCAUGUUACAUGAAAAGGAGGACUUCCAUAAGCUCACAGAUCAGCAGCAGGCACUAAAUCAGGGUCAGAAUCCCCUGCCCAUCUACCUCUCUCUCAAUGUGAAGGAUAAGAUCAGCGACCAGGAUUUUAGAGAAUGGGUGGAAUUCACCCCUUACGAGGUAGGAUUCCCAAAAUAUGGUGCCUUCAUUCGUGCAGAAGAUUUUGGUAGUGAGUUCUUCAUGGGUCACCUGAUGAAGAAAAUCCCAGAAUCCAGAAUAUGCUUUUUGGAAGGGAUCUGGAGCAGUGUAUUUUCCUUGAAUCUUAUGGAUGCUUGGUAUUUAUCCAUUCACUCAGAAGACUUCUGGCACAAAUGGACCCGAGACAAAAUUACUGAUAUAGAUGAUGAAACCCUAUUCCCUGCAAGACCAAAUGAGCUGGAUACUCGGGUGGUUUGUCCCACUGACAGCUUUUCAGACAUUUUCCGAGAUGUUGCCAUGUCACGUCCAGCGGCUUCAGAAAUCCAUAACUUCCUGAAGGGCCUCCAGAUGAACAACAACUACCUAGAGAGCGAGUUUUCCAAAUGGAAAGACUGCGAGCUUGACUCUCAGCCCAACCACUUGACAGCAGCAACAGACUACCUCAUCCUCAUCGAUACAGCAUUUGCCUUUGCUACCAGUUACCCACCCCUUAUGAGGCCGGAAAGGAAAGUGGAUGUCAUUUUGCAUUUCAACUACAGUUCAGGUUCCCAGACAGGGCCCCUCAAAGAAGCCUCUAAAUACUUUGCAAAGCAGGGAAUCCCUUUCCCUACAAAGGUGCCGGAUGAUCAAGAAACUCCACAUCUGAAGGAAUGCUACAUUGUUGGUGACAAGGAGAGCCCAGAAACGCCUCUUGUGAUAUUUUUCCCUCUAGUAAAUGACACCUUCAGGGACUACAAAGCACCUGGUGUGAAACGUAGUCCCUCAGAGAUGGCAGAGGGUGAUGUUGACGUUGCAAAUACCCGUGGUCCAUAUUACAUAAACAAUCUGAGUUAUUCAGAGGAAGAUUUUGACAAACUGGUGAACCUAAGUUACUACAACGUCCAGAACAACAAAGAUUUGAUUCUUCAGGCCUUGCGUACUGCCGUGGAGCGGAAAAAGCAGCAUAAGAGCAAGCAGCCACUGCGAAAACCACCCAGUGGGGAUGGUGUGUCUGUGCCUGAUAGAGAGGGAAUGCAGCAUUUGGCCAACUGCCCAGCACUAGGGAAUAUGAAAUAA